AAAAACAAGCUACGAUUACUUCGAAUGUCUAUAAGAGAGCUGGUUGGGCUGUUCUGCAGUCUACUAAAAGCAAACGGAGUGCUAACAUAUGUAUUUAAUACGGUGAUUGUGUCAAGCAACUGUUGAAUUAUAUUUAAGUAAUAUAUAUUGAAGUGUACAGAAUUGAACGGAAGAAAUGGAAUAAAGUCACAAACAUUUACGAAUGUAUAUUACGAAUACAAACUUAUAACCAAAUAAAUGAGUUCAAGGGAAGAAUCAAUGUGAAUAAAUAAUUGUGGGAAGCAUAGUCAUGCUGGGGAAAUUCAAAUUAAGUAAAAAUCAUGAUAAUUUUGUUAAAAAUAUAUAAACAAUGAGUACACAAGUGAAGAAAAUAAAGAAAGUGAAUGUAAAAAAGAGUCCAAACCAUAGUUCCAAGCCUAAUCAGUUUCAAUUAUAAAAUACCAAUUAAGAAAUAUCCCAAUAAAAUUUAUACAUGUACAUAUCUACAUAGUUUGUACAAAUGAACAAAUCGCACCAACAACGAAUGCAAUAUCUAUAAAUAAGCCAGUGAAAAAGACCUAAUAACCUUAACUCAAGAGAAAACAAAACAGGAGCAAAGCACAACAAAAUAAAAAGCUGUACUUUUAGCGAAUGUUAAUGAUAACGACCAGAAAAUGACUGUGAUACAGGAUGUGAAGUCUACAGAUGCUUGUGUUGCGGGCAUUAAUUGCUGUUCCAAUACUGCUAACUCGGAAACGUCAAUCGACAAAUCAUCUGUUUGUAUGGAUCCCAGUUCCACGAGUAAUGUUUUGUACAAACCGAGUAAUUAUGACAAUUGGGAAUCCAAUUUUAAUCUUUGCAAACAGAUUGAUAUUGAAUUCGAAAAUGUCAAAUACACAGUGCGGAAGUUCAAUUUUCAUGAACGAAAAUUUGUAACAAAGGAGAUUUUACAUGGGAUUAACGGCGCAUUCCGAGCUGGCGAACUUACCGCCAUAAUGGGUCCAUCAGGCUCUGGAAAGAGUACACUACUCAAUGUAAUGACUGGUUUUAGAGCCACUGGUGUAACAGGCACAAUAUGUGUCAAUGGGGAUCCCAUUUCAACAAACUCACCCAGUUUUCGAGAACUUUCUUGUUAUAUACAUCAAGAUGACUUGUUGAGGCCACUGAUGACCAUUGGUGAAACGAUGAUGUUAGCCGCACAUCUCAAGCUGGGCUUCAGUACAUCCAAGGAAUACAAACAAAACUUGAUCAAACAUAUAUUGGCCCUGCUGGGAUUGGAGCAUCGGUAUCAUGUAUUUGCGGGGAAGUUGUCUGGUGGUCAGAAAAAACGCCUGGCCAUAGCGCUCGAGCUGAUAAGCAAUCCCCCCGUUUUGUUUUUGGACGAGCCAACUACCGGUCUGGACAGCUCGUCGUGCAGUCAGUGUGUAUCGCUAUUAAAAAAGUUGGCUUCUCUCGGUCAUACCAUAGUGUGUACCAUUCAUCAGCCUAGCGCAUUGAUAUUCGAGAUGUUCGACAAACUAUACACUGUUGUUGAUGGAAAUUGCAUUUACCAAGGGCCAGUAAGGGAGCUUGUACCAUUCCUUGAAGGACAGGAUCUGGUGUGUCCAAGUUAUCACAAUCCAGCAGAUUUUCUGCUGGAGGUUGCAGUGGGGGAGCACGAUCGCGAUUUAGUGAAACUUAUAAAUGCAGCAAACAAAAAGUAUCACGAAGAUGCAGAUAACCAACAAAUAAAUGUGCAACGCUUGCUAUCUCAUAUUAAAAGCAAUGAUGCGUGUAGCAAAAUCGCUGGCAAUUUGAAACGUUUCCCCAACGUCAUGUCCAAACUUACGGCCUUCGACUACGUAAAACCCGCUGCGGACGAAGUGGCUUUGGAGGAAGUGAAAUCGCUGAAUGCCAGCGUCGGCACAAGAGAAAAGUUGGAUGAUAAAGAUGGCGAUGCUUGCGCAACAGGGCGUAGGAAAAUUAAUGGCCGACGUAACACGGCCUAUAAAGCUUUACAAACCGAGCAGGCCUCAUUUAUAAUGCAAUAUUUUCUACUUCUGAAUCGGAUCUUCAUAUGCGCCCGACGGAAUUAUUUCUUGUUGUUGGCUCGGUUGAUGUCACACAUUGUAAUUGGCUUGGUAUUUGGUUACUUGUAUAUGAAUGUCGGCGAUAAAGCGACCACUGUGCUCGGCAACUAUGUCUAUUUGUACGGUACAAUUUUAUUGUUGGUCUACACCGGCAAAAUGGCUGUGGUGCUAACAUUUCCUUUGGAAAUUGGAAUGUUGACCCGAGAACAUUUCAACCGGUGGUACGGCCUAACUCCAUACUUCUUAUCGAUGCUGUCUUUUGAAAUACCAUUUCAGAGUAUUUGCGCAGUAAUUUACAUGGCCAUAAGCGUUUACCUAACUGGCAACAACACAAAUGAGUGCUUUCGGAUAUAUUACUUCGUCGUAUUGGCCGUUUUGGCGACACUAAGUGCUCAAGCCUGGGGUUUCUUUGUCGGUGCUACGCUACCUACCAAAUUGGCAGUUUUCUUGGGUCCCAUUCUGGCAGUAUUGUUUUCAGUGUUUGGAUUCUGCACGCGAUACAUCGAUAUCACGCCUAUCUUUCGCUGGAUGUGGCAUAUCAGCUAUUUUAGAGCAGGUUUCCACGGAGCACUUAAUGCUAUUUAUGGCUUGGAACGCCCAUUUCUAACAUGUCCGGAUACUGCAAUGUAUUGCCAUUUCCGAAGUCCCAAAGUAUUUCUCAACUACAUGAUGAUCUCGGAUGUAAAUAUGGCUGACUGCGUCACACUGAUGGUUGUCGUGAUUGUCGUUAUGCAUAUACUUACUCUAAUAACGCUCUGGCACAAAUUGAACAAACGUGAAAUACUCUUUAUGAAAGCUAACUGGUUCAACAAAAAACUUAAAAACAUCAAAAACAGAAAUACAUAUGUACGUAUAAUUAAAAUGUCUACACCGAAUAUAAACUUUGGAUUGCUCUCCGCCAUCGAAGUUUCUUAUAGUACAAACAGUGACCAAACCGCAAGGAAAACUAAAACCGAAGACAAUAACAGCGAUUUGAACAGCAGUAGAAACAUCACUAAUAUAAGCUCGAAGAAACAUAUGUCGGGCGAUAAACACGAACCCAUAAAGCUCGAAAAGGAGAUUUCAGAGUCGAAGAUGCAUAAAAUUGCAACAGAAACCAACUCGAUAACACUAAGAACUACAACGCCAGAAACUAAAUACAAUAGUAACAAAACGAAUAAUUCGGACAACAUAUCAAUGAACAGGCGGCUUUCGAAGACCGAGUCUUUUGAAAACGAGUUUGCGGAAACUGUUAACGCAACUCUUUCGAAAGCUGGAUUUGCUACGGCAAGUAGGACAAGUAGGACUCAUCAGCCUCCUCCUUAUGAAAGCGGACCUAUGGAGAAAGCAACCAGACCGCUUCAACAUGAAUACCCAAAGCAAAUUAAAUCGAUAAACAUAAGUUUUGAAAAUAUUUGCUAUGGUGUUAAGACCGGUUUAUUCAAAAGAGAAGAUAAGCACGUACUCAAUGGCGUUACAGGAGAAUUUCGUUCCGGUGAACUCAGUGCCGUCGUAGGGCCGUCUGGAGCCGGCAAGAGCACACUGCUCAAUAUUCUCUCAUCAUAUACGCUUUAUGGGUUUUCGGGAGAUAUAAGGAUCAACGGUAAUCCGCGUGACGUGAAAACAUUCAAACCAAAUGUAGCCUUUAUCACUCAGGAUACCACACUGCAACCAUUUCUCACUGUCAAGGAGGCAAUGAAUUUUGCUGCUAACCUCAAAAUCGGUGCCCAAAUGAACGCGAAAGAAAAACGUGAGCGGGUGUUGAAAAUUCUGAAGUCCAUGGGUUUGCUUGAGUCGCUCAACACGAGGACCGGUGACUUAUCGGGUGGCCAAAAGAAACGAUUGGCGAUUUCACUAGAAAUAGUGAAUAACCCACCAGUUUUAAUAUUAGAUGAGCCAACCAGUGGGCUGGACAGCUCUACAUCUAAUCAGUGUAUUUCUCUACUAAAAACUCUGGCGAUGGAAGGUCGCACGAUCAUAUGCACAAUUCACCAGCCCAGCGCCAUAGUAUUUCGAAUGAUCGACCAUUUGUUCGCGAUCGCAGAGGGCUCCUGCAUAUAUGCAGGCAGAACAGACAAUUUAAUUCCCUUUCUAGCUGAAAAUGGUUUACACUGUCCACAAUCGUACAAUCCUUGCGACUUUCUUAUGGAAAUAGGUACAAACGAUUAUGGUCCAAACAAUAAACUGCUUAUUGAGAAAAUGCAAAACGGUCGUAAUACUGGGUAUCGACUAGUCAAACCUUCAUUUUCCCUUUCAACCGCAAAUACAACGUCAACAACUAAUACUAAUGUGCCAUUGACACCAGUUGAAGAAUUGCCAUCACGUGUUUCCAACACGAACACACAUACCAAAGAGAAACAGCAUCAAUGCUGUAGUGAUAGUAGAUUUUCUAAACCGAGGAAAUCGAGAAUUUCAAUUGAUACCGGACAUAUUUGUAAAAGUGACAAUAUUUAUGCUACACCAUUUUACCGUCAAUUAGCAAUUUUGCUAACCCGUACUUUUCUACUUCUUUGGCGUGAUAAUUCGCUUACAACACUGCGAUUCAGUAUUCAUUUCGGAGUGGCACUGCUCAUCGGCUUUCUCUAUUAUGAUAUUGGAAAUGAUGCCGCGAAUGCAAUGAAUAUUUUCCGUUAUGCCUUCUAUACAAUAAUGUUCAUUAUGUUCUGUGCCUUCUCGUCGAUCCUAACGAAAUUUCCCCUAGAAUUUCCCAUAGUUUCACGAGAACAUUUCAAUCGUUGGUACUCACUUCGCGCAUAUUAUAUUGCGAUUACUUUAGCCGAUAUCCCAAUACAGCUUAUAUGUACGAGUCUCUUCUUAUUUCCCACGUAUUAUCUGACUGGACAGCCUAUGGAGCUAAUGCGAUUCGCUUUGUACUUCACAAUCGUGUUUCUUACAGCUCUUGUCGGACAAAGCAUUGGACUCAGUGUAGGCUCAGCUCUGAGUGUUCAUUAUGGCGCCAUCUUUGGACCAUUUUUUAUUUGUCCUUUCCUGGCGUUUUCUGGAUUCUUCCUUCAAAGAAAAGACUCUCCAUUCUAUUUAAAAUGGAUGUUCGAUAUUUCAUUCCUCAAGUAUGCCUUGGAUGGAUCGAUGUUAUCGCUUUUCGGUUACGGUCGUGCAAAAUUGGAGUGUAAGGAAUUUUACUGCCAUCACUCCCAUCCUGUGUUCUUCCUUAAGAACAUGGAUUUGGCCAAUGCAAAUUAUAAACUGGCUGCCAUAUUUUUGUUAUCACUAUUUAUUGUACUAAGAAUUCUCGCAUUUUAUAUCAUGUCUUUCAGGUUGAGAUUAUUCAGAUGAAAUAAGCUGUAUAUAUGUAUUUUAAGCAAGAAUUUUGUAUUAUAUAAUUAAUAUACAUCCUUGUAUACUAAUAAAUUUUAAUGAAAUGGAGAAUAGCUCAAAAUAAACCCUUAGACACAUAACAAUCAUUAUACCAGAGCAAUACAUACAUGAUGUACAUAUACAUAUAUAAAACAAAAUAGUAGUAAGAAUAAUUAAUCAGAAACCGAUUUACAGUUUCAUGGUUGGCCUCAUAGAGAAUGAAAUGUUUAUAUACUAAAUACACAUAUUUGAAAUCUUUAAAUUUUAACUUUUCUUAGCACGAACAUUAGAAGUAACCCUUUUAUACAAAAUUGUGAUGUGCUCUCAACGCGAUAAUCACAUUGGAAGUAUGAGGGAAGUUUUACGAAUUUCUUCAAUCAGUAAAUCAAAUAUCAGUUAAAUAUCAGACUCUGACUUUUACAAUGAAGUGGAAUUAACUUUUCUUAGCAGAACCAUUGCAGUCAAGGUUGUAUUUUUGUAAUAGUUUAAUUUUUGUAAUAGAAGAUUGUUUAACGUUUGGAACAUUCCUCACUUUUCAAAUUUCAUUUUUAUACACUCAAGUAUUUAAAACAAUUUAAAAAAAUUUAAAGGUAUUUUUUAUUUAAAAAAUGUCUUUAAAUAAUUUAAGCGCUGUGUGUAAUAAAUGUUAUUUACAAUUAAAUUUAUGGGUGUAAAAUACAUACACAUACACGAAUGUAUAUAUAUUUAUUUAUAUUUUACUUAGCAAACCCACGUUAUUUCGGAUGUGUGUAUUUUUGCUCGUUAAUUCAUUAAAUGUACCUUCUCAUUCGGGACAAACCAACAAAGAAUGCUUUUCAAUCUUUAAAUACGCAAAAUAAACAACAAUAAUUUACAUUUUUCUAUGUAUUGUCAAGAACGAAAGGACUCAAAGCGAUAUACGAAUACUAACAAAAUUCUUAAAGCCUAAUGGCUGAUUCACAGACAACUUUGCUUCGCUUGUUGUAUCAACCUGAGAAAAGUGUACCCAUUUCUGCACGUAUAGUCUGCAAAAAACUUUCAUGGAUUCAAAAACUAAUUUCUCUCAGUUCCAUUUUAUCAAUCAAAAUAAUAAAUCCUGUACUUAUGUACAUAUAUGCACAUUUGGUAUAAAUUUUUCUAAUUCUCAUUGUAUCAGAAAUAACAUUAAAAAUUUUAUAAAUAUAUUGUCAAAUUAAGUAUCUGAAUUGAAGAAAUAAAACUUUGAAAAUAAUUCCAAAUGACAGGACAUAA